UAAGCGCUCCACAGAACAAGAGGCGGAGGAGGAGAGGCUGAAUCACAGGGAUAAAGAGCUGGAAUGUGUGAGGGACUUUGUGCUUGAAUGAAUGAUGAGGACUACAGCUCCACUUCCUUCUUCACAGGAGGAUUUUUAACUGGAUUUAACUUCUUCUUAGUCAGCACUUUCAUAGUGGAUUGUUCUCCUGUUCUCAACCUCAGUCUGCACAACUGCUCUGUGAUCCAUAGUAGCAUAAAUGCCGUAUAGUUUCCCAGUCAAGGACAUGGUCUCCUGAGUGGCCCUACCAGCUACACAUCACAGGGGUAAGACCAGUCUAUCCCGGGCCAUGACUGCGCUGCUUUACAACGUCAGUGUUCCCGGGAAUACAGCCGCUCAGCUGCAGGCCUCAGACUCUCCCUUCAACCUGAGUGCAGCGGGGCAGGAUGCUCUCGGCUCAGGAGAGUCACUGGCCCCACUCUGCACCCUUUGCUGCUGUGGAUAUGUCAAUCGUACCUUGGCAGUGGUGUUCAUGGUUACCCUGGCCUUUGCCAUUGUGGUUGGAAAUGUGGUCACCCUAACUGUCUUUGUGCAAACGAGGCAGUCCCGAACAGCUCAGGGAUACCUGAAAGUGUCUCUGGCCAUAGCAGACAUGAUGGUCGGUGUCCUGGUGGUCCCUUUCUGCGUCUACACGGAGAUCUCUCUCAUGUUGACCAGCUCACCUCCCUCUUGGUACCAGGGUAGUUUUACUUUACUGGACAACUCUUCUUCUCUCGGGGGACUGGUGAGCACUUGGCAGCCCUGCCUGCUGAUUGGUCCCGUAUUUGCUGGAUGCACCUUCGUCUCCAUCAGCACUAUCUUCCUCAUGACGCUGGAGCGAAGUGUGGCCAUCCUACGACCUCUCCACAAGGAUGUCCUGGUGACCCGGAGAAGAACUCUACUGCUCAUCCUGCUCUCCUGGGCUGCCAGCUUCCUGUUGGCUCUUGCACCCCUCAUCUUCAGCAGGAACUUCAUUUUGGAGUACAAUGAGUGCAGUCGUAUGUGUAACUACACCCCUCUGAUGUUCGGGAGCCAGCUGCCACCCGAUGCCUACAUUUUGCUGUUAUUCCCAGCAUUUGACUUCACACUGCUUGGCGGCACAUUAGCUGUUAACAUUGUUUCUUUUACGAGCAUCAGACGGUACUCCCAAAAACGCAAACUGCUCUCAGAGGGGAGUCUGAGUGACGGAGCGGGAGGAGGAGGUGGGGGAGGGUGCUCUCACAGGCCCUCCUUUUCAGACAUUAAAGCCGCAAAGACAAUAAGCAUACUCACAUUCGCCUUCACAGCAUCCUUCUCUCCCAUUGCGGUGUUUGUGCUCGGGAACGUGGUGGGAUACACCUGGUGUAACUUUUCCUUUUUUGCAUUCUGGAUCCUGGCAGGAAACAGUUGCUGUAACGUCAUCAUCUACAGCGUCAGGGACCACCGCUUCAGGAAGGGUUUGAAACUGCUCUUUCAGCGAGACCACUCCCCCCCACAUGCUGAGAAGUCCUGAGGGACUUGUGAAUUUAAAAGCAACAAGAGCAUGUUUUGUAGCUGCUUUCCAUUCCUUUUGUUUUAAAAGGAAUAGAUUUUGAGAAAUAUGCAUAUUUAAUUUCUUGCAGAGAACAUCUGUAUUGUAAAUAUGUACUUAGAGGCAGGGGGUUAUAUAAUAUAUUUAUUUUCCACUUUUUCUGCUAUUCUUUGUUUUAACAGUUUUUGUACAGAUUUAAUAAAUAAGGUGUACUGUGCACUUUUCAGUUUUAAAGAUGCUGGCAAAGUUAAGCAAAUCAUUUCCUAGUUUGAGGUACAUUUUUUCCGUGUUAAUCCAAGAAGAGAGUGGUUAUAUCUUUAGAUAAUCUAAGUUAAUGCACGUUCUGAACUUUUUCAUGAAUUCAAAUGUAACAGCAUAUUAACACACAAAGGUCAUUCAAACAUGAAAUGAUGCAGGGAGGGUGAACAUUUUAAAUUGUAACCAUUUUGAAAGCCUUUCCCAUUUGUCUUCAGAAAAUAUGUCCCCUCCCUCUAUUGUUAAACCUCUUUCUGACUUAACAUCAGAGUUUCAAAAAGCUUUUCAAUAACUCGAGGAGUGUAUUUCCAGGAGAAGCGCCAACAUUGGUUUAUGUUUUUACUUUUUUGUCAGAAGUGGGAAUAUACAUUCAUUGUUAUUAAUCCUGCCACUGUUUCCUCUUUGAAUUAUUGUGGAAUACAAGUUUUUCAGCAAGAAGUUUAAAUCUUAAAUUGUAUUCUGUUGUGUGACACACAUUAUUUUUCAGCAUCUUACUUUAAAACGAUUGAAAUGCACUUUACAAUUACUAAUGGUAGCCAUUUGCAUUGUGCUAAAUGUCAGACAAUUUGAAUUUUGUUCAAGCUUUAUUUUUAAGGUUUGAUCAAAUAUUUCUGUCUAAGAAUAUGUGAAUAAAAGAAUGAUCUGUACAUAUGUUAAAUCAGUAUAAAGUGUAUUGCUAUAACAUACUGUAUAUAGUCUACACACACUAUAGACUAAAUAAAUAGGACUAACACAGCGAUACAAGGAUAAAGAGCCUUGUGAUUAUAGCAGACCUUCAUAAUGUGCCUAUCUUUCAGGUUAUAUAUAUAUAAAUAUAUUUUCAUUCAUUGACAAUUAUUGCAAUUUUGCAUGAAAUUCUGUCAUAAUAAAAAUGCCUUUGAUAUGGUACCAGCAGAAAUGUCAAUAAGCAAUUUCCCAAAAUGAAACCUAUUCAAUCAUGCAUGUUGAUCAAAUUGUUUGUUUUUUUAAAUACAAAUGGUGCUGUGACGUACCGCAAGGUGACCCUGAAAAGCACAUCAGGCUUUGAUGUCACAAUCAGGGAAACGUUUAAGUUCUUCAGCAUCCUGACAGUGAUGGUUCUGUGUAAGAAAACAAGUGAUUAUUAUUGUACUGAUGUUAAAUCACUGUACAGAGUUGUAUCAGUAGUGCAUCAUUCAUCAUUGGUGCUUGCAUCAGAUUGCAUUAUAAUAAAUGUGUUUGCAAACAUUU